AUGGGUCAGCAGAGGACGGAGAAACUCAUGCAACAGCAAGAAGCAGGACCAACACCAAACGUCAGUCGUCUUCGAAAGACCACGAAUACAGGCCUCUAUCUCUACAUGAAAUUGAGAGCCUUGGCGACAAGCCACCGGACGGCAGGUGUGAGGCAUGGAAAACGUCUUAUGCCGGGUCCGUUCCUUCGCUACAUCUCACCCGGUGGACGCAUCACGGAUGAAGUGGAGUUUUGUUAUUUGGGCAGCUACAUCUCACCCGGUGGACGCAUCACGGAUGAAGUGUCAGAAGAAGGCUCGGUUGGCAUUUGCCAACUUGAGACAUCUGUGGCCCCGUCGCGACAUCCGGCUGAGUUGGCAUUUGCCAACUUCAGACAUUGGCAACAAAAAACGGUGGCUGGAUUGCAACACCUUCGCUAUCCUGAACGUCUAGUGGAGCUUGAUCUGUAUCCUCUGGAAGUCAGGCGUGAGCUCUACUUCUUGUUGGAAAAACUUGCGUUCCCUGAGGCGCCGGCUAAACUACCAUACGAGUCCCUGAAGUCGCUGCUACUCAAGCACAUGCUGCCCACUCAGUUCCCGGCACACGAAAGAGCCAAAUUGAACUCUAUGAUUUGUGCUGAUCAUAUUUCUUUCUGUGACUUCAUCCUGCAGCCGAAAAAACAGGCAUUACGCUUCAACUAUGGUGAUCGCCUGGAAGAACAAGUAUGUGGUCGCUUGGUGGCAGGCAUCAAUAAUCUGACUCUCCAAUGGAAGAUGCUGGAGCAGAAGGAUAUAACUUUUUCCGAGGCCCGCAAGAUCUGUGAGCAACACGACGACCUGAUGAAAGCUACUUCCAGCAAAGCAGUUGAGACCUAA